UAGGAAAAACAGGGAAGUAGAUAAAACAUCAGCAAACUCCAAAAAUAAUCUCAAAUGUACAAGUCAGUUUGGCUCAGUAUUUUUGUCAAGUGAUCUAUAACUUAACUUUAGCCAAAUCACCACACAAACGAAUUAGUUUUAAAAAAGUCUUAUGGUUCGCUGUUUUAUAGAAUACCAGAUAAAUAAAGUACAGAUGAUUUGAUUAACAGGCACAGUUGACGUGGACAAUCUGUAAAGCAGCUCGUGCUCGUGCACGCCGCGUGCGGGUGCCGCUAAAGCUUCGCGCGAGUGCACCGUUUCUUCCCUAGCAACGGCCUUAGCAACGUCACACUGGUUUUAACGUUUUCGUUAGCUUAUGAUAACUUGGCGCAAGUACCAACAUGAAUUCCACCAAGAGGAAAAAAAAUACCACCGUUAGCUUCUUGCCACCAAACUCACCACCGGUUUACAGAAAGCAGCCGUGGAUGGAUCCAAAACCUUCCUUUUUGCUGUGUCCCCCCCUCCAGCAGACCCCUCAAGGAACUGAAGCAGCUGUGAAUAGAGAUCACCCGAUUGACGGGGCGGACGGGGGACUCGUUCAGCGUUAUGGUCGAGGCCGGAGAGUGGCAGGGCCCGUCCGCAGGCCGUCCAAGCAUGGCAGCACAAGCCUCACACAAAGGAAUAGAAAGCGCGAGAAUCUCCGGAGAACUCUGGUUAAAUUCAUAUGCCAGCAGCAGCAGGAAGAGGAGGAGGAAGAGGAGGAGGAAGAGGAGUUUGGCAGCUCUCUACCACGUGACUCUUAUAAAUCUUCAGAAAAGAAUAAUCGUGAAAUGAGAUAUAACUACUACAUUCAGAAAGGGAUAGACCUGAAGAAUGUGGCUCCGCUGGAGGACUCUUUGCUGAAGAACAUUCAGGAAAUGGUAUCCGACCACCUGACGAGCCAGAGCACACCAUUUGAGCAACUGGUCACUGAGAUUAAAGAGGACUAUCUGCUCUGCGUCAAGGCAGCAAUCUUGAAAUAUACAUUCAGGGGUUCAAGAAAGGAUGAGGACAAACCAAAAAAACGGCCCUCUCACAGGCUUGAAAUGGAGGUAUUGCCCAAACCAUGGAACACAUCCUUUGUUCGUGCAGUAAAGAGGAUGAAAGAUAGUCUUCACUCUUACAACCCCCUAAUGCAGCAGGUGCUCAACGUGUGGCAUGUCUUUUACAAGAAUCUACGUCUGAUAGAUGUAGAGGAGUUCCACAGCAGAAAGGAGUCCAUGGAGCUACAUGUGUUUCAGCAAAUUGUCACCAGCCAUGUUGAAAACGCCAAAGGAAUCCUCCUCAAAAAUUGGGUUCCCAGAGUGCACGACAUUUACUAUCAGGGGUGCAGGUCCGGGCUGGUUCCCGCCUCACAACACAACGCCAAACUGCUUUCUUUCUUUAACUGUGCUGCUGCACUGAUGACCUCCCAACUCCAGAGCCUUGCAUUGAACUCAAUGAAGGACUAUACACACCUACUCUCCCAAGACCCGCAGUCACAGCGAGCCCAUGAGCACCCAGGCUUUGUGCUGCAUCUGACCCUGGAGGACAAGGAGAUCAAGUUUGAGCCCGAACUCAAAUUGUACUUGGAGGUCUUCCUUCACGUCUAUGAGCUCCUACUGAGUUCUAUCAGCAUGGUACCUUGUGUGGAAACCAAACUGUACUUAGAAUGGUCAGGAAGCCGAAGCACCCUGGAGCCCAUCAUCCUGCCAGAGAUUCUGCAGGCCCAGCAGGAGGAGGUGAAAACGGCGUUCUGGGCUGAAACUGUCAAGCCCAUGGAGUACGUCCACGAGUAUGAUCAAUACGCCUCACUGGUAUCCAGGCGGGCCGAGGAGGAUGUGGAGCAGUUCCUCAGCGAGCAGCACUCCUUCCAGGAAAUCAUGGCGGAGGUGGUUCGCUACCAGCAGCUUGCUGACCAGAUCCAGCACACAUCAUGCCAGGCGGUGCGUCUUGGCAUGUUUGAGGUUCAGUCCCGUAAGCUUAUCCGCUCCCUGGUAAAUCGCGCCCAGGUUCUACAGCAGAGAUUGGUCACUUGGAUGCUGGAGGACCUUCAGAAAAUCAACAAGAAGCUCUGUGAUGAAUUUGAGACAAUUGCAGAGACGGCAUUGACUACACCAACUGACACUCAGAAACUGAUCGAGCUGAAGGCCUUCAUUAGUAAGGUUCAGACCACAGAGAUUCCUCUGUUGGAGCGAAGAGUGGCAAACUCAGCCAUGCAGUUGGUUUCCCUGAUGGAAGUCGCCACCAUCUCGCCAUUGGACGAGGAGCUCAACAACAAGCCCUUCCAUUGGCUGAACCGCAUGGCAUCCAUCUUUAAGGAACACCAACAGAUCAUUACCGAAAAGGCAGAGCAAUAUCAGAGUGGCCUCAAGUUGCGCCGCGACCGCUUUGUGGAAGAACUGGCCAGCUACAGCGUGCAGGUGGAGGAGUUUGCCACCGUUGGUGAGCUGACGGAUCUCGAUAAGCACUUGACAAAAUCCAAGGCCCUCAAUGCUAAACUGGAUUUCGCCAUGGAAAAGAUAAAUGAUUUCAAUCUAGAAGAGGAGGCCUUUGGCUGGUCCGUGUCCCAGUACCCGCAGUGUAAGAAGAUCCAGGACAAGCUCAAACCCUUCCUGCACCUCUACGAGACAGCCACUGCUUUCCUGGACCAGUACGAGCACUGGGUCCACGGACCGCUCUCGGGUGUGAACCCAGACAAGUUAGAGAUGGAUGUUGGUAACUACUGGCGCACACUGUACAAGCUGGAAAAAGGCUUCAGUGAUGUGCCCAAAGCCCUGAGCAUAGCAACCACUAUGAAGAUGAAGGUGGAAGACUUCAAGGAGCACCUUCCUUUAGUCCAGAUACUGUGCAACCCGGGCCUGCGUGAUCGCCAUUGGGACACCAUGUCGGAGGUGGCUGGCAUCUCCCUGCAGCCAGCUGAUGAGCAUGCAUGCGUGGCUCAGUUCCUGUCCCUGCACCUGGAGCAGCACCUGGACCGCUUCGAGGGGAUCAGUGAGGUGGCUAGCAAGGAGUACUCCCUGGAGAAGGCCAUGGAGAAAAUGGCCAGAGAGUGGGGCAAGAUGGAGUUCAACCUGCUGGCCUACCGAGAGACGGGCACCUCCAUCCUGACGUCCGUGGAUGAAGUGCAGAUGCUGUUGGACGACCACAUUGUGAAGACACAAACCAUGAGGGGCUCACCCUUCAUUAAGCCGUUUGAGGUGGAGAUACGGGAGUGGGAGGGCAAACUGUUGCUCCUCCAAGAGAUCCUGGAUCAGUGGUUGAGGGUUCAGUGCACUUGGCUCUACCUGGAGCCCAUAUUCAGCUCCCCGGACAUCAUGAUUCAGAUGCCCGAGGAGGGACGUCGGUUCAACACUGUCAACAAAACCUGGAGGGACACCAUUCAACAAGUUUCACUGGACAAGCACGUGUUGGUGGUGAUAACCAUCGACCAGAUGCUGGGGAGGCUGAAAAAGGCCAAUGAGCUCCUGGAGAUGAUCCUCAAAGGUCUUAAUAACUACCUGGAGAAGAAGCGACUCUAUUUCCCACGCUUCUUCUUCCUGUCUAAUGAGGAGCUGCUGGAUAUCCUCUCAGAGACUAAAGACCCUACAAGAGUGCAGCCCCAUCUGAAGAAGUGCUUUGAAGGCAUCGCUAGCGUGGUGUUCACUAGAAAGCUGGACAUCACCCACAUGAAAAGCAGUGAUGGCGAAAUAGUGCAGCUGCAGGACAUCAUUUCCACGUCCAAAACCAGGGGUCAGGUGGAGUUGUGGCUGCUGGAACUCGAGAAGGGCAUGAUGGCCUCCCUGCAGAAGGUAAUUGGGGAGGCAAUCAAGGCGUACCCUGUUGAGUCAAGGAUGGAUUGGGUGCUUGGUUGGCCGGGCCAGACCGUGCUGUGCGUCUCACAGGUCUACUGGACGAAGGAUAUUCAUGAAGCCAUUACUUCAGGACAAAAGGCGCUAAAUGCCUACCUGGACCAGAACAACAGACAGAUUGACGACAUUGUGGCACUUGUACGUGGCAAGCUGUCCAAACAGAACCGGGUGACCCUCGGAGCCCUCGUUGUGCUCGACGUCCACGGCAGGGACGUGCUUGCCACGCUGGUGCAGAAGGGGAUAAGCGACGAGAACGACUUUGAGUGGCUCAGCCAACUGCGCUACUACUGGGUGGAGAACCACCUCCAGACCAAGAUGAUCAACGCCGGUUUGCCUUACGGCUAUGAAUACUUGGGCAACACUCCACGUCUGGUUAUUACCCCGCUCACUGACCGCUGCUACCGCACUUUGUUUGGCGCCCUGAGCCUCCAUCUGGGAGGGGCCCCGGAGGGCCCGGCUGGCACAGGAAAAACAGAGACAACCAAAGACUUGGCCAAAGCUGUAGCCAAGCAGUGUGUGGUCUUCAACUGCUCUGACGGACUGGACUACAUCGCUUUGGGGAAGUUCUUUAAAGGCCUUUUGUGCUGCGGCGCUUGGGCCUGCUUUGAUGAGUUUAACCGCAUUGACUUGGAGGUGCUGUCUGUGGUGGCUCAACAGAUUCUCACCAUACAGAGAGGAAUUGCUACCCAUGCUGAGAUGCUGAUGUUUGAAGGGACUGAGCUUAAACUGGACCCCUCCUGCGCUGUCUUCAUCACUAUGAAUCCCGGCUACGCUGGGCGCUCCGAGCUUCCAGACAACCUCAAGGCUCUUUUUAGGACUGUUGCUAUGAUGGUGCCGGACUACGCCAUGAUCGCAGAGAUCGUACUCUACUCGUGUGGCUUUGUGACUGCGCGGCCCCUUUCGGUGAAAAUCGUGGCCACUUACCGACUGUGUUCGGAGCAGCUGUCCUCACAGCAUCACUACGACUACGGGAUGAGGGCUGUCAAGUCUGUGCUUACUGCAGCUGGAAACCUCAAGCUCACUUUUCCAGAAGAGAAUGAAGACACCCUGCUGCUGAGAUCCAUUAUUGAUGUCAAUCUGCCCAAGUUUCUGGCCCAUGAUCUGAAGCUAUUUGAGGGCAUCACCUCUGACCUCUUCCCGGGGGUCAAGCUUCCACACAGAAACUACGACAUCCUGCUGGAGGCCAUCGAGGAAAACUGCCAGAGCAUGAACCUGCAAGUCACAGAAUUCUUCACUGAGAAAAUCAUGCAGAUCUUUGAGAUGAUGCAAGUGAGGCAUGGUUUCAUGCUGGUGGGGGAACCCUUCGGGGGCAAAACCAGCGCCUAUCGUGUGCUGGCAGCAGCCCUCCAUGACGUUUUUGAAAAGGGUUUGAUGGAUGAAAACAAGGUGCAGAUCACAGUUAUCAAUCCCAAAUCCAUCACCAUGGGACAGCUGUAUGGCCAGUUUGACCCCGUCUCCCACGAGUGGUCCGAUGGCAUCCUCGCCGUCAGCUACAGAGUCUUCGCUUCCUCCCAGAGCCCAGACAGGAAAUGGCUUAUCUUUGACGGCCCGGUGGACGCCGUGUGGAUCGAGAACAUGAACACGGUACUCGACGACAACAAGAAGCUGUGUCUGAUGAGCGGUGAGAUCAUUCAGAUGUCACCGCAAAUGAGCCUCAUCUUUGAGCCCAUGGACCUGGAGGUGGCAUCGCCUGCCACGGUGUCUCGCUGUGGUAUGAUCUACAUGGAGCCUCAUAUGCUUGGCUGGCGACCUCUUAUGCUGUCCUGGCUCAAUACCAUGCCCGCCACAGUCAAUGCAGCCAACAAAGACCUCAUCGCUGGCCUUUUUGACCGCGUGAUGCCAGCCAGCCUCCAGCUCAUUCAAAAGGCCACCAAGGAGCUUACGCCGACCUCCGACACCAAUCUAGUCAAGUCUCUGAUGAAUCUGAUGGACUGUAUGAUGGAUGAGUUUCACAAUGAGGCUGCGAUGAAGAGGAUGAAUGAAAAAGAUAUUGGCUCAUGGUUGGAGGGCAUCUUUGUGUUCUGCCUGGUGUGGUCAGUGGGAGCCAGCUGUGACGAUUCAGGUCGAGUCAAAUUUGAUGCUGUGGUCAGGGAGAUCCUAGUCGGCCCGCUAAGUGAGAAGACCCGCUCCCGCCAUGGCAUCCUGGCAACUGUCAACACUCCACCUAAACAGCUCACAGUGCCUCUGCCCAGUGACGGAACAGUCUACCAGUACCGCUUCAUUAAAGAGGGCCCGGGCAGGUGGGAGCUGUGGACUGAUGAGCUAAAGGCCGCUCCCCCUAUAUGCAAAGACAUGCAGUUCAAUGAGAUAAUUGUGCCCACCGAAAACACAGUACGCUACAUGGCGCUGACGGAGCUCCUCGUCACCCACAAGAAGCCCACCGUCUUCAUCGGCCCCACCGGUACCGGCAAGAGUGUCUACAUUACAGACUUCCUCUUGAAUCAGCUGCAGAAAGAUGUCUACAGCCCUUUAUUCAUCAACUUUUCCGCCCAGACCACAGCUGCACAGACCCAAAACAUUAUAAUGUCCAAGCUAGACAAGCGGCGCAAAGGAGUGUUCGGCCCCCCAUUGGGGAAAAAAAUGGUGAUAUUUGUGGAUGAUGUGAACAUGCCAGCCCGGGAGGUUUAUGGUGCCCAACCCCCUGUGGAGCUGCUGCGCCAGUGGCUGGACCACUGGAACUGGUAUGACAUGAAGGACUGCUCCAGGAUCAACCUUGUGGAUAUCCAGGUCAUAUGUGCUAUGGGACCACCUGGUGGAGGGAGGAACCCCGUCACACCUCGGUACCUGCGCCACUUCAACAUGAUUACCAUUAACGACUUUGAUGAGAAGACCAUGUACACAAUCUUCUCCAGGAUCUUAGACUGGCAUUUCACCACGCAGUUUUCUUUCCCCAAGCCGUUUGCUGCACUCACCUCUCAGAUAGUUAAUAGCACUAUUUCAGUGUACCGAGAGGCCACCGAGAACCUGCUUCCAACCCCCACAAAGUCCCAUUACUUGUUCAACCUGCGCGAUGUCUCCCGGGUCAUCCAGGGCAUCUGCCUGUCGCGGCCGGAGACUGCAGAUGAACCGUCUGUCAUCAAACGGCUGUGGGUGCACGAGGUUCUGAGGGUAUACUAUGACCGACUGGUACACGACACAGAUCGAUCCUGGCUCGUGAGCCAUCUGGAGGCCGUCUCCCGGACUACCAUGAAGGAAGACUUCCAUCAGCUCUUCCAACAUCUGGACCAGGACCAGGACGGGAAAGUCAACGAAGAUGACCUGCGCAGCCUCAUGUUCUGCGACUUCCACGACCCUAAGGGCGAGGACCGCAACUACCGGGAGGUGCACAACCUCGACCAUCUCCGGCAGGUGGCGGACUCACACCUGGAGGAGUACAACAACAUCAGCAAGGCGCCCAUGAACCUGGUGCUUUUCCGCUUUGCCAUCGAACACGUGUGCCGCAUUUCCCGCAUCCUCAAGCAGCCGAGGGGCCACGCCCUGCUGGUGGGCGUGGGCGGCAGCGGGCGACAGUCCCUCACCCGGUUGGCUGCCCACAUGGCGGAGGCAGAGCUUUUCCAGGUUGAGAUCUCCAAGACCUAUGGGACUACCGAAUGGCACGAUGACCUGAAGCUUUUCAUGAGGAGGUCCACACAGGGGGAAAUUCACGGCGUUUUCCUCUUCACCGACACUCAAAUCAAAAUGGAGUCAUUCCUGGAGGACGUUGGCAACCUGCUCAACACUGGCGAGGUGCCAAAUCUGUUUGCAGUUGACGAAAAGCAGGAAAUAUGUGAAAAAAUGCACGUGUUGGACCUGCAACGGGACCGCGACAAGCGGACGGACGGCAGCCCGCUGUCCCUCUUCAACAUGUUCAUAGAGCGCUGUCGCACACAGCUGCAUGUGGUGAUGGCCAUGAGUCCCAUUGGAGACGCCUUUAGGAACCGUUUGAGGAGCUUCCCCGCCCUCAUUAAUUGCUGCACCAUUAACUGGUUCCAGCCCUGGCCAGAGGAUGCCCUGCAGGCUGUAGCCUGUCGUUUCCUGGAGGACAUUGAGAUGACCGAUGAGUACAGAGAAGGAUGCAUCGAGAUGUGCAAGAGCUUCCACACCUCAACCAUAGAACUAUCUGUUCGCUUUAUGACAGAGUUGCAGCGCUACAACUACGUCACUCCAACCUCAUACCUGGAGCUCAUUUCCACAUUCAAGGCCCUUCUGAGGACCAAAAGAGCUGAGGUGAUGAAGCUGAAACGUCGUUACCAGGUGGGUCUCGAGAAGCUGGAGUCAGCAGCAGACCAAGUGGCCUCGAUGCAAGUUGAGCUGGAGGCUCUACAGCCACAGCUGCGUGUGGCCAGCAAGCAGGUGGAUGAGAUGAUGGUGGUAAUUGAGCAUGAAUCCGUGGAGGUGGCCAAGACAGAGAAGGUGGUAAGUGUGGAUGAGGCAGUGGCCAACGAACAAGCCAUGGCCGCCAAGGCCAUCAAGGAUGAGUGUGAUGCCGAGCUGGAUGAAGCCAUGCCUAUCCUGGAGUCAGCCCUUUCUGCUCUCAAUACUCUGACCAACCAGGAUAUCACAGUGAUGAAGUCAAUGAAAAGCCCACCUCCAGCUGUCAAACUGGUUAUGGAGGCAAUCUGCAUUCUCAAAGGCAUCAAGCCAGAUCGCGUGCCUGACCCAUCAGGCUCUGGUAAGAAAGUAGAGGACUUUUGGGGCCCGGCCAAAAAGCUUCUGGGAGACAUGAAGUUUCUCCAAAGCCUCCAUGAUUAUGACAAGGACAACAUCCCACCGAGCUUCAUCGCCAUCAUCCGCAACAAGUACAUCACCAACCCAGACUUUGUACCUGAGAAGAUUCGAACCGCAUCCACUGCAGCUGAAGGAAUGUGUAAGUGGGUUUGCGCCAUGGACAAGUAUGACAAAGUGGCCAAGGUUGUGGCUCCCAAGAAGGAGAAGCUGGCACAGGCUGAGGGUGAGCUGAAGGUGGCCAUGGGGAGCCUCCAGAAAAAGCAGGCUGCCCUCAAAGAAGUCCAAGAUAAACUGGCGAAGCUUCAGGAGACUUUGGAGGCUAACAAACACAAGAAAGCUGAUCUGGAGAAUCAGGUGGAUCUGUGCAGUAAGAAGCUGGAGCGGGCGGAGCAGCUUAUUGGAGGCCUGGGUGGAGAGAAGACUCGCUGGAGCGAGAUGGCCGUCAAUCUCGGGGAGCUUUACAACAACCUGACAGGGGACAUCCUUAUCUCAGCGGCCAUUGUUGCUUAUCUGGGAGCCUUCACCUCCAGCUACAGACAGGAUCAGACGGAGGAGUGGAUGAAUCUUUCCAAGAGCAGAGAGAUCCCGUGCUCCCGCAACAUGUCUCUGAUGAACUCCCUGGGCGACCCAAUAAAGACUCGUGCAUGGACCAUUGAUGGCCUACCAUCAGACAAUUUCUCCAUAGACAACGCUAUCAUAAUCUCGAACGCCAGGCGGUGGCCCCUGAUGAUUGAUCCCCAGGGCCAGGCCAACAAGUGGGUGAAAAACAUGGAGAAGGCCAGUAGUCUGCAUAUCAUUAAGCUGAGUGAUGCUGACUUUGUACGCACUCUGGAGAACUGCAUCCAGUUUGGCACGCCAGUGCUGCUGGAGAAUGUCGGAGAGGAGCUGGACCCGAUCCUGGAGCCCCUGCUGCUGAGACAGACCUUUAAACAGGGUGGCGCCUUGUGUAUCCGCCUCGGAGACUCCACCAUCGAAUAUGCUCCUGACUUUCGCUUCUACAUCACAACCAAGCUGCGCAACCCACACUACCUGCCUGAGACCUCCGUCAAGGUGACCCUUCUGAACUUCAUGAUCACCCCAGAGGGCAUCCAGGACCAGCUGCUGGGUAUUGUGGUGGCCCGGGAAAGGCCCGACCUGGAGGAUGAGAAACAGGUUCUCAUCCUGCAAGGAGCGGAGAACAAAAGACAACUGAAGGAGAUUGAGGAUAAAAUCUUAGAGGUGCUCUCUUCCUCUAAGGGCAACAUCCUGGAGGACGAGACGGCCGUCAAGAUUCUCUCCUGCUCCAAAGUGCUGGCCAACGAGAUCACGGAGAAGCAGGCCGUGGCCGAGGUCACGGAGCGCAAGAUUGACCAGACUCGCAUGGGCUACACGCCCAUCGCCGUGCACUCGGCCACCUUGUUCUUCUCCAUCGCUGACCUGGCGAACAUUGAGCCCAUGUACCAGUACUCCCUCACCUGGUUCAUUAACCUCUUCAUCGGCUCCAUCGACAACUCAGACUCCAGUGAGGACUUGGAGCAGAGACUACAGAUCCUGAGGGACCACUUUACCUACACACUAUAUGUCAAUGUGUGCCGCUCACUGUUUGAAAAGGACAAGCUGCUCUUUUCCUUCUGCCUCAGUGUCAAUCUGCUCAUGCACAACAAAUUGGUGGAUGACGGGGAGUGGCGCUUCCUCCUCACGGGGGGUGUGGGCCUGGACAAUCCCCACUCCAACCCCUGCACCUGGCUCCCCAAGAAGGCUUGGGACGAGAUUUGCCGGUUAGAGGAAAUGGAGCGCUUUAAAGGUCUUCUUCAGGACAUGGCUCGCCUCAGGGACGAGUGGAAGACGGUGUACGACAGCCCGAACCCCCACGAGUCUCCCUUCCCCAAAGAGUGGCAGAGGAAGCUGAGCCAGUUUCAGAAGAUGCUGAUCAUCCGUUGUCUCAGACCAGACAAGGUUAUUCCCAUGGUGCAGAAAUUUGUUUCCGACAGUUUGGGUCGCGCCUUCAUCGAAGCGCCGCCCUUCAACCUGAGUAAGGCCUUCGUUGACAGCCACUGCUGUGCCCCUCUCAUCUUCAUACUCUCCCCCGGCUCUGACCCCAUGGCUGCGUUGCUUAAGUUCGGAGAUGAAAAGGGUUUUACUGGUAACAAGCUGACUUCCCUCUCUCUGGGCCAAGGCCAAGGUCCUAUUGCCAUGCGUAUGAUUGAGACGGCCAUCAGAGAGGGUACCUGGGUGGUUCUUCAGAACUGCCACUUGGCCACAUCCUGGAUGUCAACACUUGAGAGAGUCUGUGAGGAGCUGAACCCUGACACCACCCACCCAGACUUCAGGCUCUGGCUGACCAGCUACCCGUCUCCCACCUUCCCCGUGGCGGUGCUUCAGAAUGGGGUGAAGAUGACCAAUGAGGCUCCGAAGGGCCUCCGCGCCAACAUCGCGCGCUCCUUCUUGAUGGACCCCAUCUCCGACCCGGAGUUUUUCAGCAGCAGCAGCAAGCCGGUUGUUUUCAAGAAGCUGCUGUACGGCCUGUGUUUCUUCCACGCCUUGACCCAGGAGAGGAGGAAGUUUGGACCUUUGGGCUGGAACAUUCCGUAUGAGUUCAAUGAGACCGACCUCCGGAUCUCUGUACAGCAGCUACACAUGUUCCUCGAACAGUACCAGGAAGUGCCGUUCGAUGCCAUCCGCUACAUGACUGGUGAGUGUAACUACGGAGGCCGCGUGACGGACGACUGGGACAGACGGACGCUGCGCACCAUCCUCUCCAUCUUCUACACUUCAAAGGUCAUCAAGGACCCCGACUACAAGUUUGAUCCCAGUGGGCUCUACUAUGCACCAGCUGAGGAAGAUUACGACGGCUACUUAGAAUACACCAAGUCGCUGCCACUCAACCCGUCGCCGGAGAUUUUUGGCAUGAACGCCAACGCGGACAUCACCAAGGAUCAGGCUGAGACCGAACUGCUGUUUAACAGCAUCUUGCUAACUCAGUCCCGCUCUGCAGGCGGAGACGCCAAAUCCUCAGAUGACAUGGUCUUUGAUGUGGCAGCUGACAUCCUGAGCAAGCUGCCUGCAGACUUUGACUUGGAGGCGGUGAUGAGGCGAUACCCCACCAGCUACCACCAGAGCAUGAACACGGUGCUGGCGCAGGAGAUGGGCCGCUUCAACAACCUGCUCUGCACCAUCCGGGAGUCCUGCGUCAACAUUCAGAAGGCCAUAAAGGGGCUGGUGGUGAUGUCUGCGGAGCUGGAGGAGGUGGUCCGCAGCAUCUUGACGGGUCGGAUCCCCGGCAUGUGGAUGAAGAAGUCCUACCCCAGCCUCAAACCCCUGGGGAGCUACGUCAAUGACUUCCUGCAGCGCCUCGCCUUCCUUCAGGGCUGGUACCAACAUGGCACUCCGGCCGUGUUCUGGGUGUCGGGGUUCUUCUUCACCCAGGCCUUCCUCACAGGCAGCCAGCAGAACUACGCCAGGAAACACACCAUCCCCAUCGACCUGCUCGGCUUCGACUUCGAGGUCCUGGAUGACGAGGAAUACGAGCAGCCUCCGGUGGACGGCGUGUACAUCAGAGGGCUGUUUCUGGACGGCGCCCGCUGGGAAAGGAAGACCAAACUUCUGGCCGAGUCCUACCCCAAAGAGCUGCACGACCCCAUGCCUGUGAUGUGGCUGAAGCCUCUGAAACGACAGGACAUCCCCCAGAGGAUGUGCUACGUGGUGCCGGUCUACAAGACCAGCGAGCGGCGCGGCACCCUGUCCACCACGGGCCACUCCACCAACUACGUCAUCGCCAUGACGCUCAACUCCGACCUGCCGGAGGAACACUGGAUCAAAAGAGGGGUGGCGCUGCUCUGCCAGCUCAGCUCCUAGUGGUCAUGUGACACCCCGUCCCCGUUACGUAGUGCCUAAAGCCAACAGUGAGGGGUGUUAAGGUUUAGGUUGGAGUGCAGCUUUGAAAGAAUAAGAGGAUAAAAAGUGUUGUUUAACUGGCCUCAAGAUGCCAUUUCAUCAGCCUACAUUGCUUUGCAUGUUAAAUGUGCUGUAUUUCUAGAUCAGUGACUUUAUCACAUACAUAAGAGAUACUGCCCAUUUCUAAUGGUAAACUUUCCAAAUAUGAAUGUGUCUGUGGUUUCUUUAAGGUGGUCUUUUCCUUUAUUCAUUAAGAUUGUGAUGUCAACUUUAUCAUUUUAAGGGUUUGAUGGGUAUUACGUGGUAAUAUGGUACAGAAGCCAUAUUACCAACAAUAAUACCAAUGUUUGUGCUUGACUUAAAAGCUGAUGGCAGAAGU